AUGGCGUCUAAGCAGUGCCUCUCAAAACUCUCCCAGACGAGCACUACUGUUCCAUGGAGCUUUCUUGACAGACGGAUCAAACUUAGAAACCAAGAUGCAGAUGCUUGGUGGAAGAUGACUGGGCCCAUUUUGGGUGUCCUCAUGGAAGAAGCCGGGUACGACCUUAGGAGUCAGUAUCUAGGCCUUCUGUUUCACAUCCGUCACAUAGUCCCUCGUCUGGGUCCCGCUCCCCGCAGGAACACGCCUUUGCUUUGGAAAAGUUUCAUGACAGAUGACUUCUCUCCGCUCGAGUACAGUUGGAACUGGGACUCCCCGACUGCUCCACCCAAGGUUCGAUAUAGCAUCGAGGCUAUUGGGCCAGCUGCAGGAACUGCAAUGGACCCUUUCAACCAAGAUUCGACCCUAGAGCUUUGCAAUCAAGUUGAUGCUAUAUGUCCAGCCGUUGAUUGGAGCUGGUUUAAACUGUUCCAGGAAGCGCUUUGCGACCAUUCACAACUUUCUAGGAACGGUUCAGUGGAGGAUGAGCACCACAGUUCAUCAUCGUCCGUUUUCCUAGCUUUUGAGCUAGGGAGCACCAUCGCAGCAAAAGCCUAUUUUGUGCCCGUCAAAGCCGAACAACUAGGCGUCUCGCGGCUUUCAGUGCUCACCGAAGCCAUUGAGCUACUAAAGAGACAAUACGGCGCUUUCGAAGGGUAUGACACGUUUCUCGACUUCACUACUACACCACAGGGCUCGAAGCUUGACAUUAUCGGGGUGGCGAUUGACUGCGUCAGCCCUGAAAAAUCACGACUGAAAUUAUAUGUACGAUCUCCAGAAACGUCAUUCGAGAGUGUUUGUGAAAUGAUGACCCUUGGAGGCCGGUUGAAUUCGAUGACCAAAAGUCAUCGAGACGAGGUGAAGGAACUCUGGUGGCUGACGCUAGGGUUGGAUGAGAGCUUUUUGGAGAGCGAUGAAUUGGACCCAAAGGUCCAAGAAACCGCUGGUGUGCUCUACAACUUUGAUAUCAAAGCAACCGACAGUCUUCCACAACCGAAACUGUACGUUCCUGUUAAGCAUUACGCUCUCAACGACCUUGAUGCGGCGCAAGGACUCUGCGAGUUCCUAAAACGGCGAAACAGGGACAAGUACACAUUCAACUACAUGAGAGCACUGGAGAGGUCCUGCACUCAUCGCAAGUUAUGCGAUGGCCUAGGCUUUCAAACGUACAUUGGCACGGGAUUUCAAAAAGAUGGAUCUUUGGCGCUAUGUUCUUACUGGAACGGAGAAGUGUAUCACCCAAACAGAUAA